AUGCCUGUCAAGGUUCUUUGUAUGGCUACGGUUGGCAACGACGAGCUCCAGCGAGCAGCGGAGGAACUGAGCAGCUUUGCAAGCUUCAUGACUCCGCUCGCGACGCCAACUCAGACCACUGCACCGAGCCUGGCAUCGACGGAGAUGCCUGUGGACCAGAGCUCCAAAAGGGAUGGCGAGGACGAGCCGGGCCCCGAGGAGAGCCGAGCCAAGUGGCACAGGGGCCAAGGGAAGGGAGCUCAGCAGAAUCAACGGGCCAAGGGACGCCCCCAACAACAAUCCUGGUGGGAGAAAGAAAAGUCGGACAAGUACGACAACAAGAGCAACUCCAAGCACGACGACCUGAAACAGGCCGUCAAGGCACUGGGCCGCCUUGUACUUCGCCAGGAGGAUUCUUUGGCCGUUAUGCAACUGGACUGCCAGUUCAUCAUCUUCAUGAAGAACACGGCAUCGGAGUCCAGUUCCAAGCAGAUCCCAGAUUGGAUCGUUACGAAGCAGAUGCUCACAGUGGGGAACCACUGGCGGGAUCGCAAGGCCAAGGACCCGAAGAGUCUGGGCCAACCGUUGAGGACGGUGCUUUUCAGCUCCUGGUUGACGGCUAUGAAGUUCCGCAUCGACGACUUCCAGGCCAAUCCGUCUCAGAAGGAGGUGGCAGUCCAGAUGGGCAUACUGGGCGAGGAUGGGUUCCCGUAUCUGCAAUGGGAUCCAGAGACAUCCAAACACGUCAAGAUCCAGCAGGAGCCCUUGUCCAUAGAAGCUGCCCUCCAGAUUCUGCAGCAGCUGCAGACCUUGAUCGUUCACCCCAACGUGAUAGGCCGCUUCCACCCGUUGCGGAAGCUUACGGAGAACAUGGUUUCGGAUGUGAUCCCUUGGACUAUAGAAAUCCAAAACCGAACUCAGGAAGCGCAGGCAGCUUAUUCCUUGAUAGGAAGGUUGAUCCGCAGCGGCUGCACGCACUUGGCGGCGUCCACCUUGAGACCCUGCAAGCUGGGCCGAUCUCCUCUGGCCACGGCAGUGGACAAGAUGAUUCAGGAGUUGUAA